AUGAACCACGUUGUUUCUCAAGAUGGAAUCAAAUCUGAAAACGAGGAAGACGAAGACUACGAAGAUGUGGGAGAAACGGAACUAGGCUUAGAUGAUCGAAUUUAUUUACAAAUUUAUGAUUAUGAGACUAAGGAAUUCUCAGGUCUGACCACUUACCACGGUCUUGUUCGAAUCUACAACUCCAAUACAUGGCCGUCAAGAAUAUUCUGGUGCGUUGUUGUUCUCUGUUGUUUAUCCUUGUUUAUGAUACAUUGUGGAUAUCUAUUACUCGGAUAUCAUUCCAAGCCUACAUUGUUUCAAAUCAAUACUGUUGCUCCAAGAGAGGGAAUGGAAUUCCCAGAUCUUACCAUUUGCACCUACAAUCCUAUUGUUUCAUCCAAGUUGACAAAAUGGAAUAUCAGUCAUGAGUUAGCUGGGUACUUGCUCCAUUCAUAUUCCUCCUACAGUACUUUGCACGAAACUGAAUCUCUUCAAUACGAAAAUGAUCUCAAUGACUAUUUAUUAAACUUUUCACACAAUAAUUCACAACAAUUCAGCUUACAAGACUUCUUACAAGAUGUUGGACCUACUUGCCAGGAUAUGGUUGUAUCAUGCUCUUUCAAUGGUUUCCCAAUUGCCAAUUGCUGCAACGAUGCUGUCCGUGUCCAUACUGAUCUGGGCUAUUGCAUAAGGUUUCAAGGAUCCAAACUUAAGAGGAGGCAAUACCUGAUUGGAAAAGAACAUGGUUAUCAUUUCAUCAUUGACGCCAACAGUCAUUGGAAGCCAGACUCGUACCCUGCAUCAUUUGCUGACAAUGGUGCACAUGUUCUUAUUUAUGAAAACAAAAAAGAGACAUUCCUACGCUCUCAAGGCUUUGAUGUUCGUUCUGGUUCAUCAGUAUAUGCUGCCAUCGAAACAAUCAAUAAAACCUCUUUGGAGAAAAAGAAUUGGGGAAUUUGCCAGCCAGAUUGGGAUCCCGCAUUGCAUGGAGAAAUUCUCUUGGCUCAAAAUUAUACUGCUAGUCAUUGCGAGUGGAAUUGUCAAGCUCAGAUUUAUCUGAAGCUAUGUAAUUGUCUCCCGAUGAGUUUAUAUAUCAACUCAUCUUAUGAAGUUUGUUCUCCGUUACAGUUAUUGGAAUGUGGAAAGUUAAUAAGAAAUAUAGAUAGAGCCUGUACAUGUGAUAAAGAAUGCGAAGUGAUGGAAUAUAACGUUAAGUAUAGUUACUCGAAACUUUCAAAACGAUCCAUCAGGAAAUACAUUCAUCGAUCGGAUGACUAUGUAGAAAACUCAAUAUUAUCGCUCUGGAUUUUCUUCCGUACUAUCUCAUAUGAUCAUUAUGAACAGCAGAAGCAAUUACAAACUGCUGAUUUAUUGUCAAACAUUGCCGGCAGCAUGGGCUUGUUUCUCGGUAUGAGUACGGUUACGUUGUUGGAGAUUUUUAUUUAUCUGUUCAAAUCCGUUUGGGGAACCGUGAACACAGAGAGACAACAACAAUUCGUGAAUGCCAUAAUGGAAGAGGAAGAGGAGAGGCGGCAAAGUUUAGUGAUUAUUGAUGAACCGAUGGAAGAUCAGAGCAUGUUGGGAGAACCAAUACCGUCUGGUCCACGUCUAUCUAAACGUAUUUCGGUUAUUCCGGGACGACGAGAAAGCCGAAUAAUAAUAAGAAGAGAUUCAACUAUUGUUCCUCCGUCAGCUAUAACUCACAGACGGUCGAUUGCUAUUGGCGCUCUACAACGAAAUGAUACAGAAGCUUCUGGAGAAAUUCUCGGAGGCUUAGGAAAUAGAAGAGCCAGUACAGUUCUUCCUUAUCGAAAUAGUCCAAUGACCCAUAGAUUGAGUGUCCAACAUAAUGAAGAAGGCUUACACUUAUCUGUUAUAAAUCCAACGCGUAGGAGAUCAUCCAUUAAUCCCAAACAUUUCCUUGUUUGA